AUGGCCAGCCCUCAAGUUCCACUGGCAUGCCCUCAAUGUCCAGAGCGCUCGAGGAAAUCCCCUACCUCCAUGGUGAACUCCGGAGUAGCCCAUCACCUGAUCACACGAAUAAGGCAUCCCCAGGCCUCUUGGCCUCUGGAGCCAGGGCAGAGCCCAGACCACGGGGUCCCAAAAAUCGUUCCGAAAGAGCCGCGUGUCCCAACAGCCACCUUUGGGUCUCUAAGGGAGAAAGAGAGUAGUGCAGGCAGGAAGACCUGCGUUGGACGCCCCCCUGCAGAUGCUAGUAGGGAUUCCAAAGAGGGCCCCAGGUGUGGAAAUGGUGGCAGAUCUAAAUUAUUAACCCCGGAGGACUCCCAGGAGGCGCGUUUCUUCCCGCCUAGCCAUGUGGCCCUGCGUAGCCUAGACCUUUGGGGGAACUGGGGUGACGGCCGCCCCGCCCCGAAUCCUCAGCGCCUGCGGCCAGAGGAGCAGGCGUUCCCAGGCGCACGUGGCCCUCCCCCGCGGCACGUGAGUCUCGGGGGCAGACCCCGCGGCGCCUUCAGCCGGGGCCGGCCUCGCGAGGCCGCUCGCCCAACGUGCUGCCUGGACGGCCCGCCUCGGACCGGCUCCGGCUCCCUCUGCUGCCCCCCGCACCCGCCCAGCGCCGGAGGGGGCCCGCCUUUGAAGUGCCCUCCUCUCCUUCAGUUGUUCUGCAGCCAGGUUCACCAUUUGGAAAUCAGGAAGGCUUGCGUCGCCUUCAUGAGAGAAAACCAGCACAGCUUUGAAUCUUACGUGGAAGGGUCUUUUGAAAAGUACCUGGAGCGGUUGGGAGAUCCCAAGGAAAGUGCUGGCCAACUGGAGUUAAGAGCCCUUUCUCUCAUUUAUAAUCGAGACUUCAUUCUCUAUCGGCACCCUGGGAAGCCUCCGACUUAUGUCACAGAUAAUGGCUAUGAAGACAAGAUCAUGCUCUGCUGUUCCGGUAAUGGGCAUUAUGAUUCCGUGUACACCAAGCAAUUUCAGGCUGAUGCCGCUGUUUGCCAGGCUGUACUCUAUGAGAUUCUCUACAAGGAUGUGUUUGGUGUGGAUGGGGAAGAGUUGAAAGCUGCUCUUGAGAUAUUCCGUGGCACUGCCAGGAAGAACAGAAACAGUAUCUCUGCGGGGAGUGAUGACAGGAUGAACAAUUGGGGCCUGAGCACCACCAGUGGCCACGAGUACCUCUCUGAUAGGUACAGGCACGGAACAGAGGAAGGAAAGUUUGCAGGUAAUCAGUCCAAGAUGCCUUUCCCCUACAAAGUGAUGAAAGCUCUGGACCCAGAGAUCUACCGCAACGUGGAAUUUGAUGUUUGGCUGGACAACAGGAAAGAACUGCAGAGAUCAGCCUACAUGGUGUUUGCUGGGAGACAUUACUGUCUGGGAGACAAGUGCCAGGUUCGAUUAGAGCCAGGUGGGCGGUAUUACAGUGCACACAUCCAGGAAGUUGGCGAUGACAACGCUUCAGCCACGGUCUUCAUCGAGGAGCUUGCAGAGAAGCAUGUUGUCCCGCUGUCUAACUUAAAACCAGUGACUCAAGUGACGCCUGUUCCUUCCUGGAAUGUGUUUCCCAGUAGAAGGGGAGGAGGAGGAGCAGGAGGGCUGUAUCCCAAGGUUAUGGGCAGCUAUGUUCCAGAAAUGGACCUGGAUGUGAAGGGCAGGAAGAAGAUGCUGAAGAAGGUUCGCGGGAAGGAGGUUUUCAUGACGGUGGCUUACAGCAGGGGUGAGUCCAUGCUCCCCCCCCGGCUCCAGCACAGCAUCCACACUGGCCGCACCUCUCCUCUUCGGUGCCCUCUUCAAAACACUGGCACCAUGGUGACUUAUGAGCAGUUCCGUCCCCAGCAGCCACCACCUCAGAAACAUGGACGGGGCUAUGGCAUUGCCAGAGGAGGAACGCCUCGAUUUAUGAAUAGAAACAAUGUGGUCACUCCUGAAGUUACCUUCUAUCCUGGGCCAGGGAAGAGAUGCUAUCAGAGCUAUGACAACUUCUCCUUUCGGUCCCGUUCUUAUAGCCGGAGCCGCCGGCAGAUGCACUGUGUGAAUAAGGAAUGUCAGUACGGUUUUCCCCCCGAGACCGGAGCUGCCCCUCGGGGCCUGGAGGAAACAAUCACCUACUAUGAAAUUGAAGAAGGCGAUGAGACUGCGUACCCAGCUAUAGCGCCUCGGAAUACUCCGUCACCAAUGGUCCCUCCUGCUGCUUCUGGAUUCUGGGUAGCAAGGCAGGGGCACAAUCCUAUGGCUUCAGGCAAACCAGCUGUGACUUCAUCCGAAGAAGAGGUAGAUGAGCCCAGUGACAGUGGCGAAUAUCACGAUGACUACGUUUAUCCCACAGACCGAGAGUAUGAAACUCCAUCAGUUUAUAGCACUGCUGAUUCAACUGCUAACCUGUCUCUCCAGGAUGGAAGACCAUGUUCUGUGCCUCCUCAAGAUAGUGCUGCCUACAGCUACCCUCAAAAGAUGCUGAUGAGCUCCUCGGUGAUAUCUCCAGCUUCCUGUGGCAAUUCCAUGCCACCAGCUGUCUUGCCAAGCUGCCCACCAAAUCCUCAGGCAGCUGCCACUGCCGCCGCCACUGCAGCCUCUGUGCCCUCACAGGCCCCUAUGCAGCCUGUCUUUGUGGCUCCGGCUCCAUUGAACCAUCCAGUGAUCCCAUCAGCAACAUUCUCUUACUACCCUGCUCCUGUGGCUGCAACUGGCCCACCCAAUGAGAUGGGAGAACCUGGAGGCAUCCCCAUGCCACCGCCUUAUUCGUGUGACCCAAGUGGCAGCGACCUACCUCAAGAUACCAAGGUAUUGCAGUAUUAUUUUAACCUGGGGCUGCAGUGCUACCAUCAGAAUUACUGGCAGUCUGUGGUCUAUAUGCCCCAUCUUCAAGAACAACAGCAGCCACCACCACCACCACCCCCGAUGCCUUCUCAGCAUGUGGCUCCUCUGGAAGCUUACCCUGUUUAUCCCGAACAUGUGCCGGUGGCCGACCAUGCAGUGUCUCAGGUGUACAGUGACCUGGGGAGGGCGGAUAACCCGCAGGUUCCUCCCGAAACGGCAGCUGGCAGUGAGUAUGCAAGAGGCCGAGCUGUGGCAGGUGUCUAUGCAAACUCUGACCAGCUACCACCACCCACCGGGCCUGUCUACUAUCCAGUUAUGCCAGAUCCCUACGGCCAGCAUGCUCUGCAAGGAUACGAUCCCUGUGUUUCCAUGGUCCCUGCUUAUCACUAUGCUGCUCCAUGGCAUCAGAUGGGUGCAUGUGGCACCUCGCCCCGAGUCCAUGGUGCUCUGAAUCCUGGCCAAGUGCCUCCAGUGAGCUAUGUUCCCUCAGCAAAUCCUGCUGCAGCUCACUAUUCUCUUCCAAACAUGUGAGGUCGAGCAGAGCACUCCCACUGCCAUUUUGCUUACAUUGCCAUGAGAUGUGGGAAACAUUUGGCUAAGGAUUGGUGUUGCUUUCUUGCUUUCAGAUGGUUUUCCUUUGAAUUCAUGUUAGUAGUUUACAAAAAGAUUAAGCUCUAUUAGAGUGCUGCCCCUGGAGAGUUGAGGUUUGACUGCAUGCUGAACCCCCAGCAUCACGUUCAGCUGUCCUCUCCUAAGCUGCCUUGAGGCCCCUUGGCAUCAGCUGACUGGCCUUGGGUCACACCAGCUAUUUCUUUGGUCUUGUUUAGCCCGCUAGAAUUGGUGAAGGUCUCGCUAUGAGCUCUUCCCGAAAAAGACCACUCAGGUUGCCUUACUUGUCAUUCAGGCUGGUGGCAUGGCCCCAUUGCCCCAUGAGCCUUAGGUUUGCCUCAGACUCCACUUUUCCAGAAGGGCAGUUGUUACCUCUUGCAGCCUUCAGAUGCUGCUUACUGUUUAGACUGAAUUGUGUUGGUUUGUGACACUAAUUUGGGGAAGGCACACAGCGUUCCUUUACGGGAGCAGCAGAACAGAUCCACUCGUCUCCUUGAGUGCCUUAAACGUCUCCCUCCCAGAGAGACGAUCGGUUUGUGUUGUGUUGCUCAGACUAGUGAAUUAAAAAAGCAUUCAAAUUG